AUGAUUGGAGAUGCUGUUAAGACUCUUGCCUAUAAGAAGCCUCCUCUUAAAGUUUGCAAAGAUUUGAAGACAAAAGAUGCUCAAAUUUGUUCAUUGAAAUACGACAAACCAAUCGAUUGGGAUAGUUUGGAUUUGGACAAAAUGAGAGUUGGACAGUUGAGAGAGUUAUUGCGCAAAUUGGGUGAUAGUUGCAAGGGUUGUGUUGAGAAAGUCGAUUUUGUGCAGCGAAUUCGUGAAUUAAUGCCGAAAAAGGAAGCAAAAGGAGAACUUUAA